UGGGCCGCCAUGUUGUCGGAGUGAAAGGUAAGGGGGAGCGAGAGCGCCGGAGAGAGAAGAUUGGGGGGCUGAAAUCCAUCUUCAUCCUACCGCUCCGCCCGUGUUGGUGGAAUGAGCGUUGCAUGUGUGUUGAAGAGAAAAGCAGUGCUUUGGCAGGACUCUUUCAGCCCCCACCUGAAACAUCACCCUCAAGAACCAGCUAAUCCCAACAUGCCUGUUGUUUUGACAUCUGGAACAGGGUCGCAAACGCAGCCACAGCCAGCUGCAAAUCAGGCUCUUGCAGCUGGGACACACUCCAGCCCUGUCCCAGGAUCCAUAGGAGUUACAGGCCGCUCACAGGACGACGCUAUGGUGGACUACUUCUUUCAGAGGCAGCAUGGUGAGCAGCUUGGGGGAGGAGGAAGUGGUGGAGGCGGCUAUAAUAAUAGCAAACAUCGAUGGCCUACUGGGGAUAACAUUCAUGCAGAGCAUCAGGUACGUUCUAUGGAUGAACUGAAUCAUGAUUUUCAAGCACUUGCUCUGGAAGGAAGAGCAAUGGGAGAGCAGCUCUUGCCAGGUAAAAAGUUUUGGGAAACAGAUGAAUCCAGCAAAGAUGGACCAAAAGGAAUAUUCCUGGGUGAUCAAUGGCGAGACAGUGCCUGGGGAACAUCAGAUCAUUCAGUUUCCCAGCCAAUCAUGGUGCAGAGAAGACCUGGUCAGAGUUUCCAUGUGAACAGUGAGGUCAAUUCUGUUCUGUCCCCUCGGUCGGAGAGUGGGGGACUAGGCGUUAGCAUGGUGGAGUAUGUGUUGAGCUCAUCCCCGGGCGAUUCCUGUCUAAGAAAAGGAGGAUUUGGCCCAAGGGAUGCAGACAGUGAUGAAAACGACAAAGGUGAAAAGAAGAACAAGGGUACGUUUGAUGGAGAUAAGCUAGGAGAUUUGAAGGAGGAGGGUGAUGUGAUGGACAAGACCAAUGGUUUACCAGUGCAGAAUGGGAUUGAUGCAGACGUCAAAGAUUUUAGCCGUACCCCUGGUAAUUGCCAGAACUCUGCUAAUGAAGUGGAUCUUCUGGGUCCAAACCAGAAUGGUUCUGAGGGCUUAGCCCAGCUGACCAGCACCAAUGGUGCCAAGCCUGUGGAGGAUUUCUCCAAUAUGGAGUCCCAGAGUGUCCCCUUGGACCCCAUGGAACAUGUGGGCAUGGAGCCUCUUCAGUUUGAUUAUUCAGGCACGCAGGUACCUGUGGACUCCGCAGCAGCAACUGUGGGACUUUUUGACUACAAUUCUCAACAACAGCUGUUCCAAAGACCUAAUGCACUUGCUGUCCAGCAGUUGACAGCUGCUCAGCAGCAGCAGUACGCCCUAGCAGCUGCACAUCAGCCUCAUAUUGCAGGUUUAGCUCCUGCUGCAUUUGUCCCCAAUCCGUAUAUCAUCAGUGCUGCUCCCCCAGGGACGGACCCUUACACAGCUGGAUUGGCUGCUGCAGCGACGCUAGGCCCAGCAGUGGUCCCUCACCAGUAUUAUGGAGUUACUCCUUGGGGAGUCUAUCCUGCAAGUCUGUUCCAGCAGCAAGCCGCUGCUGCUGCUGCAGCAACUAAUUCUGCAAAUCAGCAGACCACCCCACAGACUCAGCAAGGACAGCAGCAGGUUCUCCGUGGAGGAGCCAGUCAGCGUCCUUUGACUCCAAAUCAGAACCAGCAGGGACAGCAAACAGAUCCACUAGUGGCAGCUGCAGCAGUGAAUUCUGCUCUUGCUUUUGGACAAGGUCUGGCUGCAGGCAUGCCAGGUUAUCCUGUUUUGGCACCUGCUGCUUACUAUGACCAAACUGGUGCCCUUGUGGUGAAUGCUGGAGCCAGAAAUGGUCUUGGCGCUCCUGUUCGGCUAGUAGCUCCUGCCCCAGUCAUCAUUAGUUCCUCAGCCGCCCAAGCAGCUGUUGCAGCAGCUGCAGCUUCAGCAAAUGGAGCAGCCGGUGGUCUUGCUGGAACAACAAACGGUCCAUUUCGCCCUUUAGGAACCCAGCAGCCUCAGCCCCAACCCCAGCAGCAGCCUAAUAACAACCUGGCAUCCAGCUCUUUCUAUGGCAACAACUCUCUGAGCAGCAACUCACAGAGCAGCUCCCUCUUUUCCCAGGGCUCUGCCCAACCUGCCAACACGUCCUUGGGAUUUGGAAGCAGCAGUUCUCUUGGUGCCACCCUGGGAUCCCUUGGAGGGUUUGGAACAGCAGUUGGAAACUCCAACACUGGCAGUGGCUCCCGCCGUGACUCCCUGACUGGCAGCAGUGACCUUUAUAAGAGGACAUCGAGCAGCUUGGCCCCCAUUGGACACAGUUUUUAUAACGGCCUUAGCUUUUCCUCCUCUCCUGGACCCGUGGGCAUGCCUCUCCCUAGUCAGGGGCCAGGACAUUCACAGACACCACCUCCUUCCCUCUCUUCACAUGGAUCCUCUUCAAGCUUAAACCUGGGAGGACUCACAAAUGGCAGUGGAAGAUACAUCUCUGCUGCUCCUGGUGCUGAAGCCAAGUACCGCAGUGCAAGCAGUGCCUCCAGCCUCUUCAGCCCCAGCAGCACCCUGUUUUCCUCCUCUCGUUUGCGAUAUGGAAUGUCUGAUGUUAUGCCCUCUGGCAGGAGCAGACUUUUGGAAGAUUUCCGAAACAAUCGGUACCCUAAUUUACAAUUGCGGGAGAUUGCUGGACAUAUAAUGGAAUUUUCCCAAGACCAGCAUGGGUCCAGAUUCAUUCAGCUGAAACUAGAGCGUGCUACAGCAGCUGAGCGUCAGCUUGUCUUCAAUGAGAUCCUCCAGGCUGCAUACCAGCUAAUGGUGGAUGUGUUUGGAAAUUAUGUCAUUCAGAAGUUCUUUGAAUUUGGCAGCCAUGAACAGAAGCUGGCUUUGGCAGAACGAAUUCGAGGCCACGUCUUAUCAUUGGCACUACAGAUGUAUGGUUGCAGAGUUAUACAGAAAGCUCUUGAAUUUAUUCCCUCAGACCAGCAGGUAAUUAAUGAGAUGGUUCGGGAACUAGAUGGCCAUGUCCUCAAGUGUGUCAAAGACCAGAACGGCAAUCAUGUGGUUCAGAAGUGCAUUGAAUGUGUGCAGCCUCAGUCUUUGCAGUUUAUCAUUGAUGCAUUUAAAGGUCAGGUGUUCGCUUUGUCCACACAUCCUUAUGGCUGCCGAGUGAUUCAGAGAAUCCUGGAGCACUGUCUUCCUGACCAGACUCUUCCUAUUUUAGAGGAGCUUCACCAGCAUACAGAGCAGCUUGUACAGGAUCAAUAUGGAAAUUACGUAAUCCAACAUGUAUUAGAGCAUGGUCGUCCUGAGGAUAAAAGCAAAAUUGUAGCAGAAAUCCGGGGCAAUGUACUUGUAUUAAGUCAGCACAAAUUUGCAAGCAACGUUGUAGAAAAGUGUGUCACCCAUGCCUCACGUACAGAGCGUGCUGUGCUCAUUGACGAGGUGUGCACCAUGAAUGACGGUCCCCACAGUGCCUUAUACACCAUGAUGAAGGACCAGUAUGCCAACUACGUGGUCCAGAAGAUGAUUGACGUGGCAGAACCAGGCCAGCGGAAGAUUGUCAUGCAUAAGAUCCGGCCCCACAUCGCCACUCUUCGCAAGUACACCUAUGGCAAGCACAUCCUGGCCAAGCUGGAGAAAUACUACAUGAAAAAUGGAGUGGACUUGGGGCCUAUCUGUGGCCCUCCUAAUGGUAUCAUCUGAGCAGCGUGUCCUGACCCGUUCCCACUGACCUCAUUGGCCCCUGGCAGGUCAACCAGCAACCUGAAAUGUCCUAGUGUAGAACCUGAGAUGGGCAAAUGGUUGCUCUGGGAUUGCUCCCUCCUCCAAAAAGGAAUCAAAUCAACCAGUGGAAAAGCCUUUGUAAAUUUAAUUUUAUUACACAUAACAUGUACUAAUUAUUUUUUUUAAUUGACUAAUUGCCCUGCUGUUUUACUGGUGUAUAGGAUACUUGUACAUAGAUAACCAAUGUACAUGGGAGGCCACAUAUUUUGUUCAAUGUUGUAUCUAUAUUCCAUAUAUGGAAACUUUCAGGGUGGUUGGUUUAACAAAAAAAGUUUUUUAAAAAAAAGAAAAAAAGGUUUUUAACUCAUUUGCCUCAUUGGCAAGUUUUGCAAAUAGCUCUUCCCCACUUCCUCAUUUUAGUAAAAAACAAAAACAAA